AUGUCCAAGAAGGUCAUACUUUUGUUGCUCUGCAUUGUGAGCGUUGGCUUACCAUCCACCUUGGCUGAUCUCUGGCAACCAUCAGUGCUCAAUGUGUUUGAAUAUUCCAACCAUCAAUUCAUCUCAAUCAACCUCACCGAUGGGCAAGUGAUCAAUCAGACAACAUUCCCAGAUGUAGUGUACAUCACCAGCAUCCUCGAGUACUCUGGUGAUGACUUUCUGUUGUUAGGUUACAACAUAUCUGCAACAUGGGUCUGUAAUGUGAUGCUCUAUCACUUCAACUCUAAAAACAUGAUAUUAUCAACCAAGUCUAAGGGACCAACUUGUCUUAAAGGCUACUCAUCGGAUACAUCGGCAUCACUUGGUUACGAUGCCAUGAACAACAUUGCCUUUCAGGUGGGCUCCUCUUUCCCACCACCAGAAUUGCCCACUCUGAUGCAAUACAACUUUGACACCAAUCAAUCCUCCACGACAAGUUUCACACCAGCUGGUGCUGGAUAUGGCAACUACGAUGCCGACAGCCAGACAUACUUCAUGGUCAACCAAGGAACCCAUGAAGAGGAGUCAGAGAUCGCAGUGAUCUCAUAUCACAUCCCAAGCAACACGACCAAGGAGUUCCACUUUGACAUGCCAUUCCUCAGCAAUGGCACCUACAGUAUUUCGUAUGGAACGUAUUACAACUCCAAGUUCUACAUGCAGUUCAUUCCAGACAGCAUCGACAUCUCCACGUUGAUCUACCAGAUCGAUAUGAUCACGAAUGAGACACAGUUGCUGUUUGCUGUUCCACACGACCCAGGUUCGACUGACCUCAAUAGUAUCUAUGUUGACAUCCCGCACAACAGUCUGGUCUUCGUUGGACAACGACUUUACACUGGUCCACAACUCGAUAUUUAUGUGACGGAUCUCACCACCCUCGAGUACACCAACCGCCAAGUUGAAUUCUACAUGGAGUUGAACGUUGAGAUCUUCACCGUGGAAUGA